AUGAAACCCAUCAAACCAGAAUCCACUUCUACACCCAUUAGAAUAGUGUUUGAUUUCUCUGCAACAUACCUUGGUCAUCAACUUAACUUUUAUUGGGAUAAAGGACCAGAUAUCUUGAAUUCUCUAAUAGGAGUAUUAUUGAGAAUGAGGCAAGAGAUGAUUGUUAUCAUGGGUGAUAUAUCAAAAAUGUAUCAUAGUAUAAGAUUGGAUGAGACAGACCAGAAUACGCACAGAUUCGUUUGGAGGAAUUUUAACUUGGACAAAACGCCGGAACAUUAUAAAUUGGCAAGAGUAACAUUUGGCGAUAGGCCAAGUGGGAUAGUAGCAACAUUAGCACUCAGGCAUACAGCAGAGAAAUACCUGAAGGAACAUCCAAGUGCAGCAUAUGUAUUGUGCAAUAUCAAUUGCACAAUACAUAUGUCGAUGACAUGA